GCAUCUUCUUCUUGAACAGUAGCAUCACGUUACCUGGAUUUUCGUAUAAGCGGCCACCUGUAUCGGAGAGAUUAUGUGGAGAGUGAAGAUCUGAAUCUCCUAUACUAACAAAUAUGGGCUCGUCUCCGCUUGGUAAUAUUGUUAUGCGCCACAAGUCAUCGCACUGCUCUAAAAUUUUCUGUGGUGUAAUUUUUCUUGGGCUCAAGAUCAAUGGAUAGAAAUGACAGAGGAGAAGGAGACGAAAGGAUAAGAUAUGGCAAAGAAAGUUUCCAAGCACUCCAGAGCUGCUAGAAGAAAUGAGAUCCAGGAACCAGAGGCCAAGGCACUGGAAACCCUUCCUAGAGCAGAAAAGACCGACCUAACGUCUGUGAUCAUCAGAGCCACUGCAAAGAAGAACGAGGAUCUACUCACAAGCAAGAUGAAUAAGAAGGAGAGAAGCAAAAACAAGGUGACAAAGAAGUCUACCCCGGUGACGAACAUCAACAAGGAAAGGGUGGAAAGAGCAAUCAACUUGAGCGAAAGACUCGAAGGCAAGAUCUCAAAGAGCAAGCAGAGGGCAAAGAUGGUGCAGACCACCAGAAAGGCCAACUGGGACGUGAUCAACUCCGAGGUCAAGAUCCACACGGAAACCCUUGAAGCCGCCACCGACGAUAAGGACAGUGAAAAGCUCCAAGAGGACUCAAUGGUUGAUGAUUUCUACGAGGUUGAGAAGCCAAAGAUCCAAACCGCUAAGAACGCAUUCGCGCUAUUGGACGAAGUUGAGCUAUGAUCUAAUGAAUUUUUAU